AUGCAUUUCUAUUCAAGUGCCGUCGUUGUAAUUGCUCUAGCAAGCAUGGGUAAUGCCCAAUCGCAAUACACUUCAACUGGCACAGCUGCAGUUGCGCAAGCCAGAGCCACGGCCUUGACGCUGAGCCCUACAAGUUCCGUUAAGGGAAAGACCUUUGAUAGAUUUGUGACCAUCUGGUUAGAGAACACCGAUUAUGACAUGGCUGCGGCUGACCCAAACAUGCAAUGGAUAGCAAGUCAGGGAAUUACCCUCACUAAUUACGAGGCUAUCACGCAUCCCAGUCAGCCAAACUAUAUUGCGGCUGUCGGGGGUAGUACCCAUGGAUUCACCUCUGACAACUUUGGAACGAUCGAUAGUUCUGUGCAGACGAUCGUGGACCUGCUUGAAGCAAAGGGGAUCAGCUGGGGCGAAUACCAGGAAGAUAUGCCAUACUCGGGCUUUGAAGGCAACUACGUUAACCAACAAACGGGUGCCAACGAUUACGUCCGAAAGCAUAACCCUCUCAUCAGCUACGAUUCUGUGACUUCGGACGUGGACCGCCUGGCAAAGAUCAAGAACUUCACCAUGUUUUACAGCGAUUUGGAGGCCAACAAGCUCCCUCAGUGGAUGUUUAUCACUCCCAACAUGACAAAUGACGGCCACGAUACUUCGAUAACCACUGCUGGAUCGUGGGCUCGAAGCUUUAUCGAGCCUCUCCUCACAAACCCCAACUUCAUGAGCAAUACUCUCGUGCUGCUAACAUUCGACGAAACGGAGUCCUAUGUCUCGGAUAACGACGUCUUCUCCGUCCUGCUUGGUGAUGCGGUACCGGCCUCGGCGCAGAACACGUCAAACGGGACCGCGUACAACCAUUACAGCAUCCUGGCUACAGUGGAGAACAACUGGGAUCUGGGGAACUUGGGGGAGAAUGAUGUGGGAGCUACGCCCUUCUAUUGA